AUGGAAGAAAAACUGAUUGAGUUUGUAAGAGAAAACAGGUUCUUAUAUGACAAAAGUCAUAAAAAUUACAAAAAUAGCUACCUGAGGGACGCCAAAUUUCAGGAGCUAUCCGAGAAAUUGAAUAUUCCAGGUGAGAAGCUAAAGGCCCGUUGGCGGACCCUACGUGAUAAAUUUUAUAAAGAUCUAAAAAAGGUACCAUCAGGAAGCGGUGUGAAUUCGCCACACAAAAAGUGGAAGUGGAUGGAGAGUUUGCAAUUUUUAAAGGACGUUGAAAUGGACAAUUUGAACACACAAGGCAAUUAUGGCACCGUAGCGACAGAAGGUGACGACUCCUUCCUAAGCGACUUUGGCGAAUCCGCCUGUAGCAGUGUUAAUAUAAACAUAUUUUCAGAAUCACCGCAGGCACAGACAAAGACACAGACACAGACAAAGACACAGACACAGACACAGACUGGACGGAACCGAAAAAUAGAGGAAUUACUUGAAAGCUCAAAUAGAGACUUUCAAAGAGUAACGACGUUAGCUGAGGAAAUGUUGGUCGGUCGCACGGAAAAAUCCGCAAUGCAGUUAUUUUUUGAAAGCCUUGCCAAGCAGGCGGAGGGGGCUAAUUUAAGUAGCCUGGAAAUGUCGGAGUUACAACUCCAAAUUUCCCAAACAUUCCACCAAUUUUUAGUGAAUCGUGAAAAAUAAGUUUUUAAUUAACAUAUGUAUUUUAUAACAUUUAUCUUUUUAAAUAAAAUACCAUUCAUUUUAAAUAUAUAAAAAAGUACAAAGUUA